UUACGAUAUUCUCCGGAAUUGACGUUACACACGUGUAGCAUGGAUGUUAGCAAUCGGUAGUAAUAAACAUCUGAUACAAUUCAAUAACUAAUGUUAUAAAGUAAUCGUUGUUAUUGUGCAUGUUCAUCAGAGUGCAACCUUAACUUGAAGUUACGUAAAAUCCUGGGCAGUCAUGGUGGUCAAGAAGAAAACUGUGAAGGUGGAGGCUGUGGUCCUAGACCCGGAGAAGCGGCAGAAGUUGAGAGCUUCCUUGUCCGUUGGCGGAGGAGAUGAGAAGAUCAGCCAGGUAGCUCAAACUCUCCAGGAAUUCCUGAUGCUGACUGACCCUGUGCAGCAAAUCCAACUCGUCAAGAAGGCAGGCUCUCUACUGGAAGUUUUGAGUGAGGAGGAGGGUCAUGGUUCUCUGCUCCAGUCUUGUCUCCACACUCUGGCCCUGGUCUACACCUCCUUACAGGCCAAGAACCCUCUACGCAGGGCCAGUGCCAGUGCUCUGGGAUCUGUGCCUGUCUGGAUGCAGGACCAGACUGUGGGCUGUCUAACCCUCUGCCUGGCACACUGCCUGUCAUCCCACAGCCCAGACCAGUACCCACACCUCGUAGACUCAGUCAAUUCCUGUUUGGAUGGCUUUCCGCUUGGUGAGAGGUGUAUUCACAGUUUGCUACCUGAAGUGUUGAAGUUUCUUCAAAGAGCUUUGGAUGAAUAUCUGCAUCAAAACAGUGGACUAGCAGGCAGACAUGUUGCUCAGGCCCAGCUCAUGCACUCCUGUCUGGCUGCAGUCAAAGCCUCCAUGCUGGUGGUGCAAAGAUCCCAGGAGCCCAUAACCUCCACUCUAGAGGCUGGCCAGCCUCACUGCACCCUGGAGAUCACCCUCAGCGGACUGCUGGACUGCUACACACACAUCCUCACUGACGAGGAGUUUGUCCAGACAGUCCAGAGCACAGCAGGCAUGGCUGUGGUCCUGUUGAUCCGGUCUGUCAUGGCCAGUAGAGAUGGAGUGGCUGCAGUUGUGUCAGGCCUGUUGCUGGGGUCCGAGCAGGGCUGUGACACCGCCCCCCAGUGGCUGAGGCAGGGCUGUGCAGGCCUGUACGCCAGCGGCCGUCCUGCUGGCGUGUGUCUCUACCUGUGUCACGGUGCCCUGGCCAUGCUGGGCUGGAGGGACGUCACACAGAGCCCCGACAGGGAGCAGCUGCUGCUGCUGGUGCCAAACACACUGCUGGCUCUGGAUACCAGUAUAAAGGAGGCCAGCACCGCUAUGGUCGUUGCCCGGGUGUUGACCCUAUGGAGCAGUGCAGCCCUGGAGAGCCUGCAGGGGGAGCAGCCUUGCCCCCCCGCUCUGCACCUCUCCCUCCAAGGGGGCUCCGAGCUCCAGGGGCGCCUGCUGGAGCACGUCUAUGCCCACUGGGAGCACCCGCUGGACGGCGUGCGGCACCAGACCCGCUCCCUCUUCCGCAACCUGCUCCUCCUCCACCAGAAGACCAACCCCUCCGUCUCCGACCCGACCAAAGACCCCUACAUCUCGGAGCUGACCCGCAGCCUGCUGGGGCUGGAGUGGCACAUGAGAGGCAAGUAUGGCUCUCUGGGGUGCUUGGUGGAGCUCCUGGGGGCAGGGUACCUGCUGGAGCUCGAGCCCCUCCUCCCCUCAUGUCUCCUGGGCUUGAUGGGCGACCAGAACCUGGCACCGUACGCCAGCGACCUCCUCGAGAGGCUGUUUGUCAGCCACAGGGCCCAGUUGGCUGGCGAGGUUGGCACGGCGGGCGCAGAGGAAGGCAGAGGGGUAACAGAGGGCUGGAUAGAGAGUUGGCACCACACGUGGGUGGCACCCCUGCUACAGGUGCUGUGCCGCGCCAGGCUGGACCAGACCACUUAUAUCCUGGACUAUUUUCUACCCAAACUCCUGCGCUGCAGCCCCUCCAGUCUGGGUCAUAUGGUACAGGCUUUGCAGGAUAGACCACCCUGCAGUGCAGGUCCUCCAGGCAGCAGGGGCGCUGUGGGGGCUCUGAUGACCUGCCUGCGCGCGGCCAGGGCCCAGGGGAUGGUCCAGUCCUCAGAGGAGGGGCUGUGGGGGGGCCUCGUGCCCCUGUCUCUGCUCCGUCAGGCACUGGUACACAAACACGACCAGGUGCGGAUGGAUGCUCUGGGGUUGGUGUGUGAGAGCCAUCGCAGCACAGAGGUCCUGACCUCACAGGAAAUGGAGCUGAUUCGCCACUUCCUGCCCUCUAGUCUGAACAGCCAAUCACCUGGGGUCCGACAGCAGACUGUCAGCCUGCUGAAAAAGCUCCUAGGCAGAGUGAAAGACAGCGGGCAGGUGCUACAGAAGAGACUCGCCCAGGAGAGAGACCAGGACCAGGGAAAGAAAGACCAACACACUCUGGGCACAUACAAGGGCUUCCUGCGUUGGCUGUGCGAGAGCCUUUUGGAGGUGUUGCUGCCCGGAGCCUCCUUCUCCACGUGCCUCACUGCCCUGCAUCUGCUGGGCCUGCUGGCUCAGCUCUUCACCUUCUCCACCGGGCCAGAUGUUUUUGCCCUGGGAGAGGUGGUGACACGUGCACACGCUCAGAACGUCCUCUGUUGCGUGGCCAACAACUUCCUGGAAGUCAAGCAGCUGGCCUCCGCGUUGUUGCGGCAGCUCCCUCCCUCGGCUGUAGGCUUACAGGACCCAGACAGGAUGCAGUCUCUGCUCCAGGCAGCCCUGGACCUCAGCACCAGCACCAAGCCCUUCGACAGCGUCACAGCAGCCCACCUCCUAAACAUGCUACUCCACCAGCCCACCCUGUCCCAGGCCCUGCAGCGCUGCGCCCAGGAGCAAGGCCUCACCUUCCGGCCUCCAGUUCAACUCCCGCCCCAGGCUUCUGAGGCCCUCGUCCUGGAGAUCAACACUCUGGCAGUGGUGAGCCUCCUGCUGGAGUGUCUGAAGUCUGAGGUGUUGAGAGCAGAGGAUUCGCUUCUGCUGGCUGCAGCCUCCUACCCUCUGUAUGGGAGAGCCCACUGCAUCACUGCUGCCCUGCAGACGCUUCCUACCGGGAGUCUGACGAUGCCUAGCCACUGGAGGAGCCUGGUAGCAGAGCUGAUCAGUGUGUGUUACAGGAUGUCCGAUGUAGUCUCUCCCGUGGUCCAGAGCUCCUCCCCCGAGGGGCUCAUCCCCAUGGAUACAGAGUCAGAGACGUCGGCGGGUCUUCAGAGAAUCCUGCAGGAGAUCCAGCCCAGGGACUCCAACGACUUCUUCACCAGCCCCAGGGAGCUCAACCCACAGACUGUAGACCGUCAGACUGUAGACCGUCAGACUGUAGACCGUCAGACUGUAGACCGUCAGACUGUAGACCGUCAGACUGUAGACCCUCAGACUGUAGACCGUCAGACUGUAGACCCUCAGACUGUAGACCCUCAGACUGUAGACCCUCAGACUGGACAGGAGGAGAGGACACCUGCAGAACCCUCACAGGAACCCCAGCAGGACCCCACUGGUGGCGGGGAGAGUUACAGGGUGACCGCUCAGAUGGUGUUGGUGUGCUGCUGGAGGAGCAUGAAGGAGGUGUCCAUGCUCCUGGGCCAGCUGUGUCAGAGCCUGCCUCUCCUCACACCUGACCCCCCCCCCGACACCCCCCCCAACCAGGGGCUCAUCACUGAGGAACAGGUGGAAGGAGUAGGGUUGUAUUUCCGUCAGCAACUUCUGCAGUCUCGCCACCGGGGGGCCUUUGAGCUGGCCUAUGUGGGCUUUGUACGCCUGACUGACAUGUUAUGCAGAAGCGGGAGCCAGACACUGCAGCAGCUGCCUGCCUGCUGGCUGACUGAGGUCCUGCAGGAGGUCAAGUCCAGCGACCCUGCGUCCAAACUGUGUGCCACACGACGCAGCGCAGGCAUCCCUUUCUAUAUCCAGGCCCUGUUGUCUUCUGAGCCCAAGUUAUCCAGCUGCAGCCUGUUGAAGAUGACCAUGAGGGAGCUGACUGCCCUGGCCAUGCCCGCUCCCCACAGAGACACUGACCACACCACUGUCCCCCAGGUGCACGCUCUCAACAUCCUGCGUGCGCUGUACAGAGACACUCGUCUGGGGGAGAACAUCGUCCCCUUCGUGUCCGAGGGCAUGCAGGCUGCCGUGCUGGGCUUCACCUCUCCUGUCUGGGCUGUGAGGAACUCCUCCACUCUCCUGUUCAGCACUCUGAUCACGAGGAUCUUUGGAGUGAAGAAGGGCAAGGAUGAACACUCGAAGAAGAACAGGAUGACGGGCCGGGAGUUCUUCACGCGUUUCCCGGCGCUCUACCCGUUCCUGCUCAGCCAGCUGGGGGAGGUGGCCCUCUCUGUGGACAGUGACAGCGGACAGGUGAGGCUCCACCCCAGUUUGUUCCUGCUCCUGUUGGUUCUGGGCAGACUCUACCCCUCCCCUAUGGAUGGCUCCUCCUCCCCGCUGGGCCUGGCCCCCUUCAUGCCCUUCAUCAUCAGGUGUGGGCGCUCGGCCGUCUACCGGACACGUGAAAUGGCAGCACGUGCUCUUGUCCCCUUCGUCAUGGUCACCCAGGUUCCCUCCACCAUCCAUACUCUCCUCGAGGACCUGCCCCUGCAGUCUGGACCUAGAACCCAGCAGAACCACAUCCACGGAACCCUGCUUCAGGUGCUUUUCCUGCUGCGCUCCUUCCAGACGGACACGCACAGGCCCCAGCCUGGGGCCGGGAACAUCAUGGAAGCCCUCCGGCCACGCAUGUGGCUCGCCUCCAGACACAACCAGUGUGUGGUGACCCGCGGUGCUUUCCUGGACGUGUUGGGGACUCUGUGCGGUCCUGUGGCUGGACCCCUCACCGACUCAGAGCUUCGCGAGCUUCGCAAGGAAUCCCUGGCCAUCCUGCUUGCCUCCGAGCUGGUGACCUCUGACCCCGCCCCUACCCCCGCCGGCCCACUGGACCCUGGCACCACCCAGUACCUCCUCAGCCUGGCGCGGCUGGCCGUCGGCUCCAGCGUGGAGGCCCCUCAGCUGUGGGGUGCCCCCCCCGGGGCCCCCUGGGGAUGCCCCCAGCUGCUGGGGUGUCUGCUGCGGUGCCCGCACUACGAGGUCCGGGAGCUGGCGCUGGAGGGGGUCGUGAGGAGGCUGGAGAGGGAGGCCGGGGAGACGCGGGGCCCGCCGGGCCUGGACGAGGACACCGUGUCCACCCUUACCAGCCUGGCUCUGCACGAGACACACCCCCUGUGUCUGGCCAAGGUGCUCCAGGUGCUGUCAGCCCUCGGGAUGACCUCUGACCUGCAGUGGAGGGACGGUAUGCUGACCCUGACCCAGGGGGAGGUUCUGGAAAAAGUCCUCCUCCUGACCCAAGGCUCCGCCCACAGUGUGGAACUGCACUGUGCUGCUCUGACCCUGGCAUCUCGCCUGGUGGUGCAACUAAGUACCACUGAUCCACAGGGUGUGUGCGCACUGGCGUUGCAAGGUAGCUGGGGGGCGCUGGUGAGCCGGUGCUGCAGUGAGGAGCAACCUGUGGAGGUCAAGCUGAUGGCUGCAGAGGUGCUGGUCAACGCCACACCCUCCCUGCUGACCAGCCCGGCCUUGCCCCUGGGCCUGGCCCUCACAGUGAGUCUGUGGAGAGGGCUGUUCACCCUGCUGCAGGAUGAGGACCAGGAUGUGAGAGACACCGCUUCAGACUUCAUCUCCAAUGUCCCAACACAUCUGCUCAGCUCAGAUGAGGCAUGUGCAUCGGUGAGCCCUCCCGUGGCACUGGACCUGGGUGUGGGCCUGCUGUGCCAGCUGUUCCAGGUGUGGGGGCAAGUCCCCGCGGGCAUCCUCACCCUGGCCGACUGGCUGCUGGGAGAGGCCGAGGAACAGACGGACUCGGCAGAGCCAUCUGGCCUGGAUGAAGAGGAGUUCCUGUUUGAGAAGGGAGACUUGAACCUGUGGGGAGAGCCUGUGCAGUGGGUACAGGUGCUCCACAAACACCUAGAGGCCUUAUCCCGGGGCCAGGACCUGGGCCAGUUCCAGGCAGAGCUCCUCAGACUACAAGCCCGGGCUGAGACCCAGACCCUGGCUUCCCAGCAAGCCCUGAGGGCCCUGCCAGCCCUUCCUCAGUUCUCCUCCACCAUCGAGCACGCCCGCCUGGCUUUGAAGGAGCAGAGAGCCAGCCUGGCUCUGGAUGUGCUUGCCUCAGUCACAUAGCCUGCUCUAUUAGCACAGGACCAGGAGCAAAGACUCAAUGCUUGUUCAAGACAAUAAGAGACUUGAAGGCUCUGGUGUGCUGGGUCAAUGGGCCCAGCUAAACUAAACCUUUUACUGUAGAGCUGAUUGGGACACAAUAUGGUGGAUGAACAACCUUUCAGUGGAGAAUGACUACAGGAACAUUAUGCGCCUUGUAAAGUACACAUACAGUAAACGCAUUGUAACUUUAUUUUCAUUCAUCAGUGUCCUCUUUUGUAUUGUAUUUUUACGUUUUACAUUUUUUUUAUCCCAGACAGUGUGUUAUUCAUAAUGUAAAUGCAUGAUUUUUAAACCUAUCCUAAUGCUAUCAUGGCAAGUAGCCUAUAAAGUUGAAUGUGAUG